AUGGCUAAACGACAAAGCAAGGUUUACUUAGGAUAUGAAGAGGAUACUAUUGGAGAAAAAAAUCAAAUGUUUCUGAAUCAUACAGUCAAUAAAAUAGGAGGUUUUCCUAACUGGCCACCCCUAGAGAAUCUCAAAUUUUCGUCGAAAUGCCCAUUGUGCAGUCUUCACCGAAUAAUGAUUGUACAAUGCUAUGCUCCGCUCGAAAACUCCGUUUAUCAUAGAACACUAUAUGUUUUCGCCUGUAUUAAUCCAAACUGUUGGAUACAAUCAGAAAGUUGGGCUUGUGUACGAAGUCAAAUUGAAGAUACUACUACAUGUAAACAAAGUACCAUUGUUAUGAUGCCUAGUGCAAACACAAAUAUGGCUUGGUGUAAUGGAGCUGACGAAUGGGAUGAGAAUGAUAAUGGAGAUUCCACUAAUGGAAAUAUUAUGAAUAUAGAUAAUGAUCAGGGCAAUAAUAGUAUGCGAAAUUCUGAUGAAGAUGAUGAAAGUAACUCCUUUGAGCUUGAAACAGUUGAACAAGCCUUGGGCAACUUGCAAAUGUUUGAUGCCCAUAAUGCUAACAUGUCCCCAUUAGGGGCUGUGGGUGCAAACAAUGGACCUGAAGUAGCUGCUGAAUUAGAGGGGGGAGAUGAACCAGGUUUAGUUAUUGUAGAGACCCCAACUAUUGCCACAAAAGAUAUACAAGCAUUAUUGCAUCAAACGGCUGAACUACCAAUUGAUUUAAGGAACAGACUUAUAUGUGCACCGCUACAGUUUGUCCCCAAAUAUAUUUAUGUAGAAGAAGAAUACAAGAAACAUUCUGUUAAUGAUGACCGAGUUACUGAAUUACUCAAUAAAUAUAAAAAUGAAAAUGAGUUGGAUAUUGCCGAUAAAGUGGCCGGUGGCGGUGGCAUAGACGAGGAGUCGUAUGAAGACGCAGCACCUUUGCACGGCGACAGGCUGUUUCACGCUUUUAUAACUCGUUUACGAAACAACCCGGGACAAAUACUGCGAUACUCCCGUGAUGAUCCUCCACUUCUUGGCGCUCCAUUGCCGAUCAAUUCAGGAACGCCCGAAUCACCAACUGUGCCAAAUAUUUGUACGCGCUGCGGAUCCAGACUAAUCUGCGAACUGCAGCUCGUGCCAGAAUUGGCUAACACAUUGAAAAUUCUACCUAACAAUAUUUCAUUAUCACAUCUGCAUUUUCUUUCUGUGCUCAUUUUCACAUGUUCUCAGAGUUGCUGGCAAUCCACUGAUACAGUUGUCAAUGAAACGGUUGUCUUCCAGCCAGAAGUAAUU